AUGGUGUUUCCGGACUACUAUUUCUUUGCGGAAAGACGUUUGGUAAACCAUACCAUUGAAAAAAAACGUGUCGAUAACUUGGAUGACUGUGAGCUCAUGUGCUACCUGAACGACAACUGUGUCAGUCUUAACUUCAAAAAAGAUUCAGAGGAUAACAAACCAGGUCACACCUGUGAACUAAAUAACGCCACGCAUAUGAAAUAUGACAGUGACUUGACAACUGAUGCCAAGUCUUAUUAUCGUGGCUCGAAGGUGAGUCCCAAUCGAUUUUUCGAAAUUUUCGUCUUGGAAUAAUAUCAUAACAAUAAUUAACGUUUAUGCAAAAUUGCGUGCACUCGAUCAUCCGUAUUUAGUUGAUUCUUCUAUUGAAUCCCUCCAUCCUCUUUUAUUACUUUAUUUAAUUUUUUUCUUCUUCUUUAGAACGCUUGUGACAAGAGUCCCUCCUGCGAUAACAACGCAACUUGCCAGUCUGGGUUUACACUCAAGGGAUAUCGGUGCUUGUGUCCUCCUGGAUUCGAGGGAGAACGUUGCGAAAUGGGUAUGAGUCUAUGUCAGUCCUUAAAAUGA